AAUUAAAGAUCGAUAUCCACUCCGUCACGUCGGUCCAGGCUAUAAUGGAGAUAAAGUAUGCUAGUCUUUCUUUUAGACAUCUAGGCCGUGCUGCAAAUGUUGACAUAAACUGACUAAUUUGGUAGAUUCCUUGGAUUAGGAAUUACAUCCCGUUCGGUGGCCCCAAGUUCUCUAGCAAGGAGAUCGUCAAGGGAGGAGUCUCACGUAUGGUGAAGAAUAUCCUGGAUAACAACUAUGUCCCGUGGAAGUUAUACCCGCGACUAGCGCUCGAGCAGACGGAACCAAGUCUCUGGCAGCACAAGACUUACAUAACUUGGCUCGAGAUUGUUCAGACUGGAAAAGACACGGCAAAGACGUUUAAGCCCCUCGCGGGUGAUGUUGACGAGUCGUACAACCUAACUCUCAACGCCAACGGCAAGGCCAGGAUCACAGCCGUCUCCUCCACGGGUGUUCUUCGAGCUCUUGAGACUUUCUCGCAGCUAUUUUUUAAGCAUUCCAAGGGCCCUAUUUACACCAAACUGGCCCCGGUCAAGAUUAGCGACGCGCCUCAAUAUGACCACCGAGGUAUCCUUCUCGACGUUUCUAGAAACUACCUCCCCCUCGACGCCAUCUACCGAACUAUCGAUGCCUUAUCGUGGAGCAAGUUGAACCGACUUCAUAUCCACGCCACGGACUCACAGUCCUGGCCGCUGGAGAUCCCCUCGCUCCCGGAACUCCACCAGAAAGGCGCAUACGCUCACGGAAAGACAUACUCGCCUAUCGACGUGACAGCCAUCCAGACGUACGCGAUACAGCGCGGCGUACAAGCUAUUAUCGAGAUCGACUCUCCCGGACACUUUGGUAUCGCGGCCCUGUCGCAUCCGGACUUGGUUACAGGUUGGGGCGCAUCUCCGUGGACAAGUUAUUGCGCCGAGCCUCCUUGCGGUCAACUCAAGCUCAACGAGCCUAAGGUGGAUCCCUUCCUCGACACGCUGAUGGAUGAUCUCCUGCCGAGACUUGCGCCGUACUCGGCUUACUUCCAUACCGGUGGUGACGAGGUCAACUUCAACGAGUACAGCCUCGACCCUACGGUCGGUACGAACGACUCAUCGGUAAUCGUGCCACUCCUGCAAAAGUUCAUCGACAAGCACCACGCGCGAGUGCGCAAGGCCGGGUUAGUACCUAUGGUCUGGGAAGAGAUCCCCGCGAGCUACAACGUUACUAUCGGAGACGACGUUGUGGUCCAGUCUUGGCUCGGAGACGAAGCUAUUAAGAGCCUUACGGCUAAUGGCCACAAGGUCAUUACUAGCAACUACAACUUCUGGUAUCUCGACUGCGGCCGCGGCCAAUGGCUCAAUUUCGCCGAAGGCGAGUCCUUCGAGGAGAACUACCCAUUCAACGACUGGUGUGGGCCAACCAAGAACUGGCGUCUGAUCUACUCGUAUGACCCGCGGGCGGGCCUAACCGACGAGGAGGCUAAAUUAGUCAUUGGCGGUGAAGUCGGUGCCUGGGCGGAAACUAUCGACGAGAUUAACCUUGACAGCAUCCUGUGGCCGCGCUCUAGUGCCGCAGGCGAAGUGCUCUGGUCGGGCCGCCUAGACGCUGCGGGCGAGAACCGAACGCAGCUUGAUGCGGCGCCGCGCCUGGCUGAGUUCCGCGAGCGCAUGUUGGCGCGUGGUGUUAGGGCCGAGCCAAUCCAGAUGGUGUACUGCACGCAGGGUAUGGAUGCUAAUACGUGUCUCUUCCAAUAAGGGACUAUACCAUCACGCCUCAAGAAAUAUAGGGGCCGCGCUCGUCGCGUCAACGGCGAUUUUCUUGUACAUACUUAAUACUUUUGCAUACCUAGCUGAAAAGGGGCUAAAUAUGGAGGACAGACAGAUUGGUGUACAUCCAGACUAAUACAUAAUGACAGCUUGAUCCUCGAGUUGAUGCUUGCUGUGUUGGAAUGUGGCAUAAAGUCCGUAGGAUUUAUAGUUUAGCCUCGGCUGUAGUGCCAGACUACCUUCCGCACAUUCAUGACUCGCCAAUGAGAAGCUGCGCCUCUAUACCUUAGACUGUAAAGUUUAAUAAUGUAUCUUCAUGUCAGCAUUGACAUUAUGCACCUCAGUACCUAUUCGUGCUUUACUUCAACGGACAUGGAAGAACUUGAGUCCCCAUUUGUUGUGUUCGGAAUCGGCAUCAUCCGUAGCUAUGUCCUCAAGUGCGAGGGAGAUACGGUACAUUAUCUACUUACAUCUGAUUUGUUGAGACUUUUGCACCAUUCCUAAAGUGGCAUGUUUUGAGU